CAUAGGAGAACAUGUUCACAGGGAGUGGGGUGUUUACAGAUACAGGAAUGGAUCUGACCAUAGGGGAAUACACGUACAUUAUGCAUAGAUUGGGAAAGUGUUGAUGUCCACGAGGAAAGUGUUCUUGUGCUGCAAGUGUGGAUAGUGCAAAGCUGUAAAUGGUAAUACAAUUAUAAGCUGGGGUAUGAGGAAGGGAAGGGAAAAAAUUACUUUUUCAUGGCAUUUUGUGUUACUGUUGUUGUACUGUUGACAUGUUGUUCCUGGAGCACCACAUUAUUGCAGUCCCUGGAAUAACAAAUUGAUGUUGUUGCAGGAAGUAUGAAUAUAUGUAUUUAAAGGAAUAAAUAGCUUAUCUAAAAGAGGUAAAAGAGGAUAUAUGAUAUUUAUCUCUGAUGUGCAAGCUGAGGAACAGUGAAAGAAACGGUCUGAUUAUUAGCUACAAGCUAAUCAAUGUUGUAGUUUAUGUCUGCGAGUAGGCUACAUUAGCCCCUCCCUUUCCAUUGUUGGUUCGAACAAAGUUUUUUUUCAAUGCUUCAUGUUUGGGUAACACAACCAAACAAAGGCUUCAUUAGUGAUCUUAAUGAACAAAUAUCCCUUUUUUUCUAGUAACGACUUGGCGCAUAGAUAAGAAACGAUCAGGAAUUCAGCAUCUACCUCGCAUCAACAAGAACAUCGGCAUAAACAAGGGUAGGGAGUAAACAAACUCGAUGCGUUAAAUACAGUUGUAAACAUGUUUGGCAAGACACUUAAGAACUUUUCUGUAAAUUUCUUCUCCCCAAAUCCGAGAGGUACAUUCUCUGGUGGUGAAACGGUCUCGGGUGAAAUUAGUUUCGAACUCACCCAAGACACCAAGAUCCAGAACAUAUCCAUGGCCCUCAAAGGCAAAGCGAAAGUUUCGUGGGCCGUUCGACGGGGUGGUAAAAGACGGGUUGUCUCAGCAAAAGUGGAAUUAUUUAACUUGAAGAGCUAUGUUCUACAAAUCCAGAACGAUGAAAUAGUUCUCAAACAGGGCAUCCACGUGUACCCCUUCAGCUGCCAGAUUCCCCAUGGAGAUUUCCCAUCUUCCUUUGUUGCGAAGGCUAACGGAAGAAUAUCAUAUAAAGUGAUAUUUGGAAUACACAGGUCAUGGCACGUGGCCAAAGAAUUUGAAUCAGAAUUCAAGUUUGAAAGCCAUGUCGCCAGUGAUCCUGAGCUUUUGAUGCCAAUGUCAGCUGCCAAUAGCAGGACUAUCUGCGGCCUCUGGUGUACCUCUGGGUCCAUCUCUAUGGUUGUGCGUCUGGAAAGAAAAGGCUAUGCUCCAGGAGAUAUUAUAAAAAUUUCGGCUGAGAUUGGGAAUGGUUCUUCUCGGAGCAUUGUGCCAAAAGCUGCUCUGGUUCAGAAACAAAUAUUCUACACAUUAACCAGAAGUAGAAAUAGAGUUCUGCCCAAUAUUCUGGUCUGCACUAUGGGCCAGGCUGUCAAACCCAAUAUCUCAGACUUCUACCUUGAGCUAACGCUUGCCAUUCCCGACGAUGCUCCCUUAAGCAUAGCUAACUGUGAGAUCCUUGAGGUUGAAUACGUUGUCAUGGUGACUCUGCUGAUGAAGGGAUGCUCUAGCCUUGAGACCCUGUUCCCCAUUGUGCUCUGGGGUACUCCUCUGCAUUAAGAAGAGUGCCAACCACCUCCAUAUUCUAAGGUUGCAUAACAUUAUUGGAGUAAUGUAUCCUAUUUGGAGUUGUGCUUAUUUAAUGACUUCAUUAUUUUCGCUAUUUUUAAAUAAUUCUUCAGGGAUUUUAUACUCUCCACCUAUGAAGUCUAAAUCAUUUUAUAGUUUUUAUCAGUCGCUUGUGGUUGUUCAACCUCCACAUCAUCUUAUCACUUGUGCCCAUCAUAACAGCAGUUUAUCAAUAUUUUUAACAUUUUGCAAAUGUGGUAUGUGCAACUGCUCUUUUAUCUUACCCUCAAAACAUUUAGGUAUGUAGUCUUUGUAGAAGUCGUGACAUGGAGAUGGGUUAAACCAGUUCUCAUUAUGUGUCAACCAUUUGCUUCAUCAGUUGCAGUGACAUGAUAUUUUUAGAAUGUUUGCUAAAUGACUUGAAUUGUCAUUCAAACCUUGAUUGUUUAGAUGUGGUAAACUGGUUUAGUAAGAAACAGCUUGCCAAAUUACAUACUGUAUGUGGUCAUUUGGGUCAAUGUCAACUUUCUCCAACUGUUUUGAGAUGGAUUUACUGUUUUGAAAAUGUAAGUAUGGGCUAGACUUUAUUUUGCAGAGUCAAAUGGAAGCUUUGCCAGUGAAAAUGAAUGGUAGAAAUCUUAUUCUAUUUGUAUUGCUUGUGAAUGCUCAGAAAGGUACUAUGCUUAUAGCCAAAUUAGCCAAUACUGGAACAUAGCUCAUAUAGUUCAUGUUAGCACAUCAUACAAACCUUCCAUGAUUGCAUUGUACCUACACAAUAUCAUUUCCUUCACUGUGUUCAUUCCAACCACAGCUAGACAAUUAUGUUAGCAGUAGUUCUGUUUGGAACCUGCAUCUAUUAACUUGAAAUAUAUCCACCAGUCCUCUGUCCUACAAUCUUAAUGAGGUUGGAAAGCACAUACCCAGUUAUACAAUAUUAUUAAGUACCUUAUAAGUGAAUCAGGGAAGAUAAUAUCAAACCAGUCCUUUCUCUGUGAUCAAUUUUAACCAAAGAUAGACAAAUAGUAGAAGAUAUACUAUAGACCAUCACAGAGUGCAUUGUAUUUCCCUUGCUCAAGCUGUUGCCUUUUCAAAACUAUUUACAAUCAAACAAGGUCUAAUCACAUUUUUUUUACAUCACAGUCUGUUCCAUUGAACAAUGUAUACAAAAUUGUAUUACAUUCAAUGUAAAUUUGAUUUCCUUUGUUCACAUGUAAUCUGGAGUUUUUUUUUCCAGUUUAUAGAAGUGAAAAGAGACAUGUCCACUGACCCAAACCACCACUCUUUAACACGCACAGCAAGUCAAUCACACCUACACCCACUGCUCUAAGGGGGGCCACACAUUUGUUUGACUAUUCAGUAUUCAAACAUGCUGGUGUGCCAUUGGCAGUUUUAUAUAUGUUAUAUACAUGUAUAUAUGUGAUUGUAAUGUGAUAUACAUGUGAUGUAUAUAUGUUUACUUUGUUGGAUUUGUAAUCAAGUACACAUUUUGUUGCACAGCUGUUUUGGCCCUUUGACGUAGUUCUCUACUGAGUAUUGCUGUUUUGGGCCCAUGAAAGAGGGACGAUUAGUUGCGAUGCUAUUAUAGUUGGGCCAUCCCGCAGUGAACAAUCCACAAUAUCACUACCGACCUUCCCAUCUCGUAUCCUACACUUAAGACUAAUUUAUGGUCGGCCUUUUACGCAGACACGCAAGAGCCCCUUGCGUCAGUGCGAACCCCCUCUUUACGGCUUGCGUGCACCUCCCAAAUUUUUUAACUAUCCGAAGAGGCGACGCAAGCUGCACGCAGACCGCAGGGCUGUGAUUGGUCCAACCCAUCGCUGUUUACCUUUUGGGUAGAAGCGUACAUUAAAUAGCUGGCUCAGACACCUCGCAAAUUCCCUCAAACAUAUUUUUCAGUUACAAAUAACGGGGUUUUUACAUUGCACAGUGUCCAUGUCCAUGACACGGUAGCAAAAAAAGUGAAAAAAAUAAACUUUUACAUCUAGA